CUCAGACCUCCUCCAACUCACCCAUUGCUCCUUCCAUCUCUCUCUCUCGUUUUUAGUUUCCGACCCACAAGAGCCAACAGCGAAGGGUUGAGAUCAGGACCCAAUGGCCGAGUUUGGGAGCUGUGUCCGUAUCACUCGUGCUUCCUCAAAGAGAGUUGCGGCAUCCGCCAUGUCCGAUGACCAAUCCACCAAUAAAAAGCGGGUGGUUCUCGGUGAGCUUCCCAACAUUCAGAAUGCUACUGGAUCAGCGGCACAGAAGAGGAAGGCCACGUCCCAGAUCACAAAAUGCAAGCCUAAGAAGAGAACUAAGAUCGCUGCUGCUCCAAUGAUCAAGACGACUGUCGUUGUGGAAGAUAAUGAUCCCAAGUUGACCGUUGAUGAUAUUUUGGACGACCCAGAAAUGAAGGGGCCUUAUUCCUCCGAUAUUUAUGCUUAUCUUCGCAAAAUGGAGGCGGAACCAAUAAGAAGGCCGAUACCAAAUUACUUAGAGAAGAUUCAGACGGACAUAAGUGCUAAUAUGAGAGGGGUUUUGGUUGAUUGGAUGGUUGAGGUUGCCGAGGAGUACAAGCUCGGCUCCGAUACUCUGUAUCUAUCCAUCUCUUACAUUGACAGGUUCCUAUCAAUGAACAUAAUCAAUAGGCAAAGACUUCAAUUGCUGGGGGUUUCUUCAAUGCUCAUUGCAUCGAAAUAUGAAGAGAUCACCCCUCCACAUGUGGAAGAUUUCUGCUACAUAACAGAUAAUACUUACAGAAGGGAUGAGGUUGUGAAGAUGGAGGCUGAUAUACUCAAAUCUUUGAACUUUGAAAUGGGAAAUCCUACUGCCAAGACAUUCUUAAGGAGGUUCACUAAUAUUGCACAAGAAGAUUUCAAAAUACCCAAUCUGCAUUUGGAAUUUCUGGGUCAUUACCUUGCUGAGCUAAGCUUAUUGGACUAUAACUUUGUAAAGUUCUUGCCUUCUUUGAUUGCUGCUUCAGUUGUAUUUCUUGCAAAAUUCAUCAUCCGGCCGAAGCAGCAUCCUUGGGGUCCGAACUUGCAACAAUACACAGGCUACAGGCCAGCUGAUCUAAGGCCAUGUGUGCUUCUAUUACACGAUUUGUACAUGGCAAGAAGAGGGGGAUCUCUGAUAGCUGUGAGAGAAAAAUACAAGCAACAAAGGUUCAAGAGUGUGGCAAUGAUGCCUUCACCCCCUGAGAUACCGUUUGCCUAUUUCGAAGAAGCUUAAACCAGAGCAAGGAUCUUUGAUACAUUUUAGUUGCUAAUUGAAGGCAUGAUUCUGACCCUCUGCUGAUAGAUGGAAAGAAAUUUUGGGAAUAUGGGAAUAUGGUUUCAGCUCUUAACCAGAUUGGUGAUUUUGGUGCGUCGAGGAUUAGGACCCAUAUUGUUAAUAUUAGUUGAAAGAUGUUUCUGAUUUAGACCAGUUGGGCAUUUUGUAGUUGCACUCCAUUUUACCUGUAAAUUGGAGGUUUCUUCCAUACUAAUAACAGUAAAGAAUGCAUCCAUGGCAUUCUAUUUUUAUUUCGAACAA